CAGAGGGCCUCCACGUUCUUCGUGCCUUGUCACGUCCUAAGUGUAUCACCUCACUCGUACUUUCAUCGCCUGCCACAGCAUCAAGAGAAUGUCUUUGUGGGUAGAUAAGUUCCGGCCCAAGACUUUAGAUGAUCUGCAUUACCACCAUAGUUUGUCAGCACGUCUCAAAUCUCUGGCUGCAUCUGGAGACUUUCCCCAUAUGCUGUUUUACGGUCCCUCUGGGGCUGGCAAGAAGACCAGAGUAACUUGUACUCUCAGGCAGCUGUUUGGUCCUGGCGUAGAGAAGCUCAAGAUAGACCAACGUGUAUUUCUCUCGCCAUCCAAACGGAAGUUAGAAAUCAAUAUCGUUCAAAGCAACUUCCACAUUGAAAUCACUCCUAGCGAGGCCGGCAACUACGAUCGACUGGUUAUUCAGGAACUCUUGAAGGAAAUAGCACAAACGCAACAAGUCGAUCUGAAUGCGAGGCAAAGAUUCAAAGCUGUUGUCAUCAACGAAGCAGACUCCCUUUCUCGGGAUGCACAGGCUGCUCUCAGACGAACUAUGGAAAAGUACAUGUCAAACAUGCGGAUCAUAUUAUGCGCGAACAGUACCAGCAGACUUAUUGCCCCUAUAAAAAGCCGUUGUUUACUCAUGCGUGUUGCUGCGCCAACAACGGAGGAGAUGCAAGUCGUUCUGGAGCACGUCGCCAAGAAGCUCAAAUUUGACAUGCCACCUGAAGCUUCGUCGCAGAUUGCUGAAGAAUCUGGAGGCAACAUGCGAAAGGCACUACUGGUGUUUGAAGCUCUCAAGAUGCAGUCACCUGAUCUAUCGGGUCCCCUAUCGAUUGCGAAACCUGACUGGGAAACAUAUUGUCGCAAGGUCGCCCAGCUGAUUCUCAAGGACCAGUCACCUUCACAGGUCAUGGAAGUACGAAGCAAAUUGUAUGAGCUUUUGAGUCAUUGUAUCCCGCCAACAAUCAUUUUGAAGACAGUUGCAGAUGCCAUUGUCGACUCUGUGGAGGACAACGGGUUGAGGCGAGACAUAAUGCACUGGACAGCUUUUUAUGAGCAACGAAUGCGAAUAGGCAAUAAGAAGAUCUUCCACCUAGAGGCUUGGGUAGUCAAGGUAAUGAGUCUGUACAAGCAUUUCUACAGUGGUUUUGAUCUCGCGGACUUCAAUGAAGAUUUGUAGACAGACAAAAGGGCAUUAAUUACGCGCCAUUUACGUGUUUCGUUACAUCUUGUUGAAACCCUGAGAUAGUAGUUGCUAGGCCCAACGUUCAUGUAUAUUAUAACUCACUAUCAAGUAAUCGGCGGAUGAAUCUAAGAUUGAAAUCAGUUAACAGUUAAC